CUACUCUCACUCUGUGCUCCGGUGUUUCUUUCUCCGCCACUCCGCCUUUCUUCUUCCACAUAUCUCCCACCCCCGCCGCCACCGCCAUGGCUGUAUCCACCGCGACCAACCCGACCGUCGCCGCCACCACCCCUUCAUCCGCCUCUCCCAUUACCAACCUCUUCUCCUCUCGCCUCACCCCUACAAUUUACCGCCGCCGUUUCCGCCAGAACUCCACCGUCGUCUCGGUCUCCACCUCCUCCAAUUCCAGCGUGGUCGCGCCCGGAUGGUCCGUCGAGAGCUGGAGAUCCAAACCGGCCGUCCAGAUCCCUGAGUAUCCCAACAACGAGGAGCUCGAUUCGGUUCUCCAGACCCUCAGCUCGUUCCCGCCAAUUGUGUUCGCCGGGGAGGCACGGAAGCUCGAGGAGGGUCUCGCUAGCGCCGCCGUCGGAAAGGCGUUCCUCUUGCAAGGCGGGGACUGUGCGGAGAGCUUCAACGAUUAUAAUGCCAACAUCAUUAGGGAUACUUUCCGUGUUAUUCUCCAGAUGGGCAUCGUUCUCACUUUCGGCGCUCAAAUGCCCAUCAUCAAGGUUGGGAGAAUGGCUGGGCAGUUUGCUAAACCUAGGUCGGAUUCAUUUGAGACCAAGGAUGGGGUGAAGCUGCCGAGUUACAGAGGAGAUAACAUCAAUGGCGAUGCCUUUGAUGAAAAAUCUAGAGUUCCUGAUCCACAAAGGCUUAUCAGAGCUUACCUUCAGUCCGUUGGCACUUUGAAUCUGCUCAGAGCUUUUGCCACCGGUGGAUAUGCUGCUAUGCAGAGAGUUUCACAAUGGAAUCUCGACUUUGUGCAGCACAGUGAACAAGGAGACAGGUACAUGGAACUAGCGAGUAGGGUGGAUGAUGCGAUUGGGUUCAUGACUGCAGCUGGCCUUACCAUUGAUCACCCAAUCAUGAACACAACCGAGUUUUGGACAUCGCAUGAAUGCCUUCAUCUGCCGUACGAGCAGGCCAUGACAAGGGAAGACUCGACGACGGGUCUCUUCUAUGACUGCUCUGCUCACAUGCUCUGGGUAGGGGAGAGGACUAGGCAGUUGGGUGGAGCUCAUGUCGAAUUUCUCCGGGGUGUCUCAAAUCCUCUUGGCAUUAAGGUUAGCGAUAAGAUGGAUCCAAAGGAGCUUGUGAAACUGUGUGAAAUUCUUAAUCCUCACAAUAAACCUGGACGGCUGACGAUUAUCACCAGAAUGGGAGCAGACAACAUGCGAAUCAAACUGCCCCAUCUAAUCAGAGCCGUCAGGAAUGCUGGCUUGAUCGUCACAUGGGUCAGUGAUCCCAUGCAUGGAAACACAAUAAAGGCACCCUGUGGGCUAAAGACUCGAGCUUUCGAUGCUAUCAGGGUAAUGAAUAACUCUGAGAAUCCCUUCACCAUCUAUAACAAAGCCUUUUCUCAUUCGAUAGCCGAGUUGAGGGCGUUCUUCGACGUACAUGACCAGGAAGGCAGCUACCCAGGGGGAGUCCACCUGGAGAUGACAGGGCAGAACGUGACGGAGUGCGUUGGAGGGUCGAAGACCAUCACAUUCGAUGAUCUGAACUCGCGUUAUCAUACUCACUGUGACCCCAGGCUCAACGCAUCGCAGUCGCUAGAGCUGGCAUUCGCCAUAGCAGAGAGGUUGAGGAAGAAGAGGUUGAGAUCUGGGAAAAGCAUCACAGGCGGAAGCAAUGGUGUAACCAUAUAAGGAUGGUGGUGAUGCCUAGUUAGCUUCCAGCUAAUAUCAGGUUUCCAGGAUCGGCUUGUUGAAGUUUCUAUGCAUCUGUAUGUAUAUGUGUCGAAGUAUCUGUUUUGCUUCGUUAUCAGUUUUGCCGUUUUCUCAGUGUUUGUGAAACUAUAUUGAAGAUCGGACCGGUGACGUUGAGUGCAAUGGUUUAAGAGAAGUGUAGCUUUGGUUCUGUACUUCUGUACCUCUUUUUGAUUUGUUUUGUUCUUUUAAUUAAGUUCUGAUUGACUGACUGAAAAAGCAAAGUACUUCCGCUUUCAAUAACCAAAUUACCAAAAUGAAGGAAAUUUCACAUA